UGGAACACUUAAAUAUGGCGGGCGUGCGUUGGGAGUAGAGUAGAGGCAAUCAUGGGGCGAUCGGUAGCUUUGGGAUUCAUAGCGCUCAUAGCGUCGUCAUUGGCGGCACCCGCGCCCCAGUACCCAUGCUGGCCCGAUCCGUGCCCGGAGCCCUGUCCGGAGCCGGACCUCUGCAACCCCUGUCAGCCGGACCCCUGCAACCCCUGUCAGCCGGACCCCUGUAACCCCUGUCAGCCGGACCCCAGCGACCCCUGCCAACCGGAGCCGUGGCCGCAGCCUCUACCGGAACCAUGCCCCGACAACAACGAUCCAGCGCCAAACCCCUGCGGCAACGGACCUAUCAGGGUGCUGGUGCCCCGCUGUGAUAUCAAAGAUCGGCUGACGAGCGCCGGUUUCCGAGCGCUGCCCAUGAACGGUGGAGUGCUGUACGUGAUGAACCAUCCCGACCUCGUCAUCACGCCUCCGCCCAUCCUGGUGCGGCAGCAACCCCUGGCUCCGAUCCUCCCGCCGGCAAUCAACGUCCAACCGAAGCAGCUGGGUCCGAUCACCCCACCUCCGAUCUGCGUGCGUCCCGCUCCGAUUCCACCGAUCACUCCACCACCGAUCUGCGUCCGUCCGGAGCCUCUAGGCCCUAUCACUCCUCCCCCCAUCGUCGUCAAGCCUCCAUGCCCGCCCCCGGUCAACCCCAAUCCCAUCACCAUCUGCCAGCCCGACCUACCACCAAUCCAGCCUCCUCAGAUAGUGGUGCGUCCACCCAGUCCUCCCAGCAUCCAAACGCCUCAACUGUACCUCCGACUGUGCCAGUUGGCUAGGCAGCAGUAAACCUUGGCAUAUCCCCAAGAAAAUGCAUCAGCUAUGUAUUUAACCCAUUUACCUUGUGUGUAGCAGCAGGUACCCAGUAUGUUUCGUGUUUUUUAUGUUUGUAAAUAUGGCGUGUUUCAGUUGGCAAUAAAUUACUAUCAUG